ACUUCUGCUUUUGCCGGCUUAUUCGGGCGACGUGUAAGCAAAUUGAAAAUGCCGAAAAAAAACUAAGUUAUCGCAACAAUAACAAUAGGUUGUGCAAGCCUUCCAAAGCUAUGCAAGUGAAAGGGACAGUAAACAUGAACGAUAAAAUGUGAAGUUUAUUUUCGAAUAAUUGCCACGAACGAACCAUAACAAUCGAUAACACACAUAAAAACGAUAACUUUGCACAGCUGGUGAGCUAUGCAAAAUUAAAAAGGUGGCAACAUUGUCAAUCGACUUGUCUUCAACUUUUGCCGGCUUUUUCACUCGACUUGUAAACAAACUGAAAAUGCCCAAAAAUCCCGGUUAUCGCAACAAUAACAAUGCACCACGCAAGCGGCAAGUGCAGCUGGACGAGCAGAAUCCGGUUGUUCAAGCCUUCCGCAGCUAUGCAAGUGAAUUGGACAGCAAACACGAUCGCCACGAGCGCAUCUUGAAAUUGAGUCGCGACAUCACAAUUGAAUCGAAGCGAAUUAUUUUCCUCUUGCAUUCCAUUGAUGGACGGAAGCAGAACAAGGCCAAGGUACUCGAGGAGGCGCAGCAGCGUCUCACCAAGCUCAUUGAGGUCAACUUUCGUGCAAUUGCACUGGAGUUGCGGGAUCAGGAUGUGUUCCAGUUUCGUGGCGCAUAUUCGCCAGGAUUGCAGGAGUUCAUUGAGGCCUACACUUAUAUGGAAUACUUGUCCAAUGAAGACAAUGGCGAGCAGCAGUCCAAAUCGGUGUCCACUUGGUCAGACUUACAAGCAGUGAUGCAGUACGAAGAGGAAGUUAACAAGGGAGAACCUCUCCCGCAAUCAGCAGAGGAAUCUCCUAACCCCGACGAUCAAGUUGUAGAGAAAGUAAUCAAUAAAUUUCAGUUUCAUGUCGAUCCAACUGAAUACAUUUUGGGAGUCUCGGAUUUGACAGGGGAACUGAUGCGUCGCUGCAUCAAUUCCUUGGGCAGCGGUGACACAGACACCUGCAUGGAGACUUGUAAGGCCCUGCAACAGUUCUACUCGGGUUAUGUUAGUCUGAAUUGUCAGCGUGCCCGGGAAUUGUGGCGCAAAAUUACCGUUAUGCGGCAGAGCAUGUUGAAAGCAGAGAACGUUUGCUACAACGUCAAAGUGCGCGGCGGAGAAGCAGCCAAAUGCGCAAAUUUCGAUCAGAAGCCGACUGAUGAUGCCGAUGAGGGUUUCUACUGAAUUAUUCAAAUAUUCCCAAUAAAAAAAAUCCACGUAUCUAAAGUAAAAGUAUAUAUAAAAUGAGUUUAAUAAUUAAUAUAUUCACUUCAAUUUAUGAGAGUUGAAUUCGUAAUAACAAAAACAAGAACAAACUAAAAAAAGAUUUACACUGCAAAAUAUUUUAUAUAUAAUAAGCUACUGAAGAAUAAUAAAAAGUAAAGGUAUAUAAACGAUUUUCAGGCUUUAACAUUUUCGAAACACUAACAAUAAAUUUAUUAAAUAUAAUAAUCAUA